ACUUUCUUAGGACUUCAAUUGUUUGAAUUACUUGUCACACAUUUGACGUAUUCGCAUUUUGUAAAACUGUACGGAACGAAAUGAAUGAAUCCACGCCAAGUGACUGCAGCACACCCAAGACACAAAUACCUAUUAAAGGGAUUCUUAGACAGACCAGGGAAAGUGUAACUGAGAUCUUUACCAAGUACCGCCAAAAAGUGGGCAAUGGAGCUCUCCAGGCGGUUCAGAGGGUCAAAACUUCCCAACAAUUGAGUCUUAUAAAGCCAAGCUUGCGUUGUGAAACCAAACGACAACGUUUCUUUAAAGGAUAUGGUUGCGAAGAGGUGGCCACUGUGUGCCUUUUGGUGGUCAUUCUGUUGAUGCUCUUGUUUGGACUUUACCUGGCCAGGAACUACAAUCACGCCUUUAUCUAUGGAAAUGGCGGAUGCCUCUCGACGUUUUUGUGGACAUACGAUGAAUGCCAAAUAAUUACAUAGGCACAAACGGUUUUGUUUGUAUAUGAACUUUAUUGAUGCUCAAUUGGAUGUGGCCAAUAAACUGAUAGCCACUCAUGCAGCUCCCUUUUCAGCCAAAA